AUCUUUUGGAACCACAUCCACUCAACGACUUCAUCAUCUGACACUUCUGCUACGGAUACCGUUCUGACCGACAAUUCGUCAUUGCCUCGAUUCGCUAUAGAGUCUCCCUCGAAGAAUACGAGGCCAAACAGCUGUGCGAAUAAUGUUACAGAAGAGCGCCUUUUCGCACCACAUGAACCUCCGAUCAGGUCCCGUUUCGAGCAAAUCCCUAUCUCCAACAUACGACGCUGAUACAUCAUCCCGUUUCCACCUCAUUUCUCCCUUCAUCGAAGCUGCCAAGCCAUCGAUUGAGGCUUUGAGGAUGGUCUGCCGGCAACCUGACCCCAUCCUUGCCCUACUCUGCUACCAGGGGCGGAGGGGCAACCCCGAUGUCCCACACUCGUCUUGGUGUCCAAAGGCACCAUUGAGCAUUGAGGGAGGGGGUGUGGCCUCAUGGCCCUAUAACAAACACCUCUCGCAGACGGAUACCCGGUCAUUUCCCCACGGACUGCUAUCGCUUUCGGCUGCGGUAAGCAACCUUCAGCUCCUCGUAACUUUCGACUUAACCUGGCAGAGCUGCCAGCAUAAACCCCUACGGCAGGCUAUGCCGAUCAAUGCAUUCGGCCAUGGAGGGGCUUCCCCAGUCUGGUGGAAUACCACGACUCGUCCUACACCAAAACGUGCGUGAGCCUUCAAAUCAAACGCUUUAAUCUCACGUCCCGAGUUUGAUAUGCGGAUGUCCAUGACAAUUCAUGAAGCCUUGAUGCUACCCGAUAAUGGGCUAAAGGCCUAGGCACCUAAAGCACUAUGACGCACCCUCUAGGCCAUCGGUGCUCGGUUUCCUACAGGGUCUUGUUACGAGGCUUUAACCUCCAUUA